AUGGACCUCCAACUAUCAUCUCUGGUAGCUCUUGUUGUAGUCACAUUUGCCUUUUCACUAUUUAUCCGCUCCCGAUUUUGGAAACCAAGAGCAGUCAGAAAAUCACCACCACUGGCUGGAGGUGCAUGGCCUAUAAUCGGCCACCUCCGCUUAUUUAAAAGUCCUGCAGAACCACUCCAUAUGGCAUUGGGUAAAUUGGCAGAUAAGUAUGGACCAAUUUUCACUAUAAAGUAUGGAGUUGAGAGAGCUGUGGUUGUGAGCAGCUCGGAAAUGGCGAAAGAGUGUUUAAAGACGCAUGACAAAGUCUUUUCUAGCCGUGUACAAUCGGUAGUCUCAGAAAUCCUUGGUUACAACUAUGCCUUCUUUGCAUUCAGCACCUACGGCCGCUACUUUCACGAAAUUAAAAAAAAGGUCAUGCACGAGCUCUUCUCCAACCAUCGCAUCGAGAUGCUCAAACACGUUAGAGAAUCCGAAGUGAGCACAUCGAUCAGAGAAAUAUACGAGCAGUGGACGAAGAACAAGAAGAGUGGUGGUUCAAAUGAGGUGGUGGUGGAAAUGAAAGAAUGGUUUGGUGACAUAAGUGAGAAUGUGAUUUUUAGGAUGAUAUUAGGGCAAAGAUGUACUGAAGCUAAAAAUUACGCAAAGAACCCCUUGCCAGGAGAGUUGAUGGGGAGAAAGAUUUUCCAUGAUGUUCUUCAUAUGCUUGGGACUGUGGUGCUUUCAGAUGCGGUUCCUUUCUUGAGAUGGUUGGACUUGGGUGGCCAUCAGAUUCAGAAGGCAAUGAGGAAGAAAUUAAAGGAGGUAGAUCAACUGCUUCAAGUUUGGCUAGAUGAGCAUAAGCAGAAGAGGAAGAUUUCUGGUGGGGUGAAGGGUGAUGAUGACCGUGACUUCAUGGAUACCAUGAUUUCAUUUCUUGAUGAUGAUUUGAAAGUUACCAAGGAGUAUGAUGCCGAUACCAUCAACAAAGCUACCGCCCUGACUAUUCUCUUAGCAGGUGUAGAUGUAACUACAGGGACAUUGUCAUGGGCACUGUCUUUACUUCUGAACAACCCUGUAACCCUAAAAAGGGCCCAAGAAGAAUUAGACCAAGUUAUUGGAAGAGAGAGGCAAGUGAAGGAAUCUGACAUCGACAACUUGGUCUAUCUCCAAGCGGUUCUCAAAGAAACAAUGCGUUUAUACCCUCCAGGACCAGUUCCACUGGCCCAUGUGUCCACAGAAGAUUGCAUUUUAGGGGGCUACCAUAUCCCAGCAAAGACUCGUGUCUUCAUCAACAUUGGAAAGAUCCAACUAGAUCCAAAGACGUGGCCAGAGCCGAAUGAGUUUCGACCCGAACGAUUUCUUACAACACACAAGAACAUUGAUGUUAGAGGUCAGGAUUUUGAGUUGAUACCAUUUAGCAGUGGAAGAAGAAUGUGUGCAGGGUUAUCACUUGCUAUGAAAAUGAUGCCGUUGGCACUUGCUUCUUUGCUUCAUGGGUUUGAAAUUGCAACCCCUAGUGAUGAGCCGGUUGACAUGAGUGAGAAUAUGGAGUUGACUAACCAUAAAUCUUCCCUUCUUGAAGUCGUUGUCACGCCGCGCCUUCCUGCUCAAUUAUAUGAAUAG